UAAUCGAUUGGUUGCCUGGGCAACGGUAUUUCAAAAACCACAAGCAAAACAAAAUGGAAAAUAAACAAAGAAGGCCAGUAGCUUACAAUUGUUGAGGUUCAAGAACGAAACUAAAAAACGACCGGGAAAAUCAUCGAGAAAUCAUGCAAAAGAGCAGGGACAUAAAACGCACGGGAGUUUAUCGCGUGAGCGGAAACAUUGCAGAUCUCCAAUUGGAACUGAAGCUGCGUCACAUCAGUGAAUGGCUUCCGGUACCCAAGUUCGAGUACGUGGGAGCGCAGUCGACGAACGCACACGGCGACCACUAUCCCGGAUCGGAGGAAGACAUCUGGCAUGACUGCUAUAUCCAUAUUCCCUGGGGCGAUGAUUCGUAUGAUGGCAAGAAUCGCUUGGGCUAUUACUGCAGUUAUUACAAUGUGGGAACUGGUUACACCGGCAAUGCAGUCAUCAGACGAACGACGAGUCCCAUAACUCAGCACGCGGGGGAUGACAAGGCGGAGAAGGAGGAGGUAUUGACGGAUCUGGAGACCCAGAGUAAUCCCUCGUGGAGCAUCCAUUGUGAUACUAGUCGGCCGCCCUCUGGUGAUCUGUUCUAUGAACGGAAUAAGGAACUCUGCAAUGGCGCUAUAGCCACAAUACGCAUAUCCUGGCAGCAAAAGCACUUUAGUCAAGCGGAAAUGGAGCGAUACAUAAACGAUCCCGGAAGUUGUGCCUCAAAACUCCAGCGACUCUAUCACAAUUGGGCCUUGGAAGCCCAGGAGCUGCAGCAGCAAUAUCAAAGGAAACUGGAGCAUCAGCAAGACGCGGAGCACGAGCAGGCGCCUGCAACCAUUGCAGUUCGUCGCCGGCUGCGCAAGUCCAAGUCUAAACCGAGAAGCUGCUCCGCCUUAGUUCGACGGACAGGUAAUAGUCUGUCCUCGGCGAAUAUGUCGGAUGUUUCGGUAGUGGAUGAUCCCAACUUUGCUGCCAGAACUUGCCUCAUACACACCCUAUUGGAUAAUGAUCCCGAGAAUCUUAUGCCCGCCGAUGCGAGUGAGUUCCAUAAAAAGGGCUACCAGCUAAUGUACAUCUAUGCUGACUUACAGCAGGACACUCUGUUGGUUAGUAUACGAUAUGACCCCGAACACGGUCUGCUCUAUGUCUAUCCGGAUUUCAGCAGCAGUGCCGCGGAUCUGGAUUACGUGGUGCAGAUCGAGCGCAAUAACGACUGUCGCCAGUUGUAUGCCUUUGGCUUUGAGAAUGUCACACCGCUGGAGGCCUACGACGAUGCCGGUGUUCCGGAGGAGGCAGAUGGAGAGGACGAGCAGGAGGUGGGAAAUGGCUUAGCCCUCGAAGAAGAUCUGCCCGAAGAAGCCUCCGCCGAGGAGAUUCUCGAGUUUUACCACAGACGGCGAGCAACAGCCAGCGAGAGGAGAAGUCUCCUCCAGUUCGAAAUGCCGCCCAAGAGGAUGAAGCGGGUCAGCCUGUUGCUGGAACUGCAGGAGGCCCAGAACUUUGAGAACCCCAACAUACAUGUUAGAUACUAUCUCAAAGCUCCAGCAAAUACCCUCUAUGAGGGCACACCUGGUGUGGAUCCCAUGCAGGGAGCCACGGCCACGUGCAGGAAUGCCGGCGACUGGCGGAGUGCCCAUUUGGGUCACUGCUGGCAGGUGACCCUGCUCCUGGAGGAACAACAUCAUCCGGCCGAUCUACUGCAUCUGUACUUUGAAGUGAUCAGCAUUGAUAGCUGGCAGCGGGAGCGAUGUGAGGGAUAUGCCCACUAUGCCAUAUCGCUGACAUCCGCUCUGCCAACGGACUCCAUACGGCUGCAGUGCCUCCGACCACUGGGCAACUGGCUGGAUGCCCUCAAUCGGUAUUUCAUAGGCGGUCGGCAGCUGUUCGACUUUGAGUCCUUCUUCAAUGUACACCGGCAGUCGGAAGUGCAUUACCGUUUGCAUUUCAGCUCGGACAGGGCAAUGACCACCACGGGAACACUUUCGCUGCGGCUCCAAAAGCUUCAGCAGCGGCCAGUGGACACAUCUAACCAGUUUCACCACCAUUUCCAUCUGGAUCUCGGCCACGAUAGCAGCGACGAUGGCGGCAGCAAUGAUGAAGAGGUCAAAUCCAGUUCGAACGCUGAUACUUCGAGGGCCACCACCUUGGACGAGGUGAUGGCCGCCUUUGUGGAGGCCAGGGAACGGAUCGAGUUGCUCCUGGGAACCAGCUGAGAAACACCCUCACUUCCAGGCUGAGAUGGGAGCCCUUUUUUUAUAAACUAUAAUUUAUAUAAAAAAUUUGGUGGAUAUUUAGAAACCUAAGCAUACAUUUGAUAUGGAAUAUCAUCAAA